AUGGGCGACGCUGAUGUAAUCAACGGGGUGUUCGCUCCUUUCGCAAAUAAUGGUUGCUCAGCUAUGUUCAGUUGCAAGGAUUAUAGUGUUGGUAUGACCGGUGCGCAGAUUAAACAAUCUGUUGAGAAUAUGAUCGUUACUAACCAUGUCAAGGAAUGUGGUUCGACUUAUCUGUCGAAUGGGUGCCAGGUUACUCUGAAUGGUUGCAAUGAUUGCAACCCAUCUAUUCCGUGCGGUGCGUUGCCUAGCGGUGUUACCUUUGGCGCCUGCUACUAG